AUGGCCGAGAGCAGCACCGGGCACUGCAGAGAUGGAGGGGAUGGCCGAGAGCAGCACCGGGCACUGCAGGGUGCAGAGAUGGAGGGGAUGGCCGAGAGCAGCACCGGGCACUGCCGCCGGCACGGUGUGACAGCCCCAACACAGCCCCAGCACAGCGGGCACAGCCCCAGCACCCCGGUGCCGCGGUCACAGCCCCAGCACAGCCCCAGCACCUCACUGCCGCUGCUGCUGCUGCCGCCGGCCGUGCCCCGCCGCGCCCCCGGCUGCGCUGCCCUCGGGCUGUGCUGCCCCGGCCGCGACCCCUCCUGCCUGAGCACCGGCCGCCGGCCCGACGGCUCCACCGGGCCCUGCUACUGCGACCAGGCUUGCACCCGCACCCUGGACUGCUGCCACGACUACGGCCAGGCCUGCCCAGUUAUCCCCUGUGUGGUAUCUCAGUGGAGUGCCUGGAGUGGCUGUGCAGAGCCUUGCAAGACCACCUAUCGUGUCCGGACCAGGCACAUCGUGCAGGAGCCCAGGAACGGGGCAGAGCCGUGUCCUGCCCUGGAGGAGAGGGCUGGCUGUGUGGAGUACUGGAGCCGGCAAGAAACAGAGUGCCAGCAGUCCCUCAUCCCAGCAUUAAUAACUACGGGAGGGUUUGGAAAAGGGAGGAAGAGAAGAGCUGCAGCUGAUGGCAGUGAAAGGACAGGGUACUGUGUGGAGUUCCAGCUGGUGGCCCUGGGGCCGGGCUGCCUGCAGGGGCAGCGCUCGCACGGCCGCUGGACGCGCGACCUGCGGGAGGGGCACACGGUGUGCGUGGAGUGCCAGCAGCCGGCUCUGCUCCCGCCCCGCCAGCACUGCCGCGGUGACGGCUCCGGCAGCCACCUGAAUCAGCUGUUGCACUGGCAGGCGGUGGGGAACCAUCGAUGCAAAGGAACCUGGAGGAGAAUUCGCCAGCUGGACACUUGUUCCUGCCCUUCUGUUCACAGCUUCUUGUUCAUCUGACUUGUGGCAGUCCCAGCAAGCCCCAGUGUGCGGCAGCAGCAGGAGCCCCAGCCAGAGCAGUGACUUCUCCGUGUCAGAGGCUUUGCUUUCACUGCCUUUCCACAGGGGGCACCUGGGCUCCUCUCUGUCUGUGGGUGCUCCUCGAUUUCCAAGGAAAUCAGGCUGGCUGGGAAGUGCCAGUCUCUUAUUUCCGAGAGAAUCUUGUCUGACUUUGAUGACUUCUUGCAAUUCCUCCUCUCUUAAAAGGAAUGAGAAUUUACCAAAUAACAAAUCAAACAAAAAAGGCCAUAAGAAGCCAGGUUUAAUUAUUAUUUUUUUAAGUCUCAAAAAUCAACAAUGCAAAAUAGAUUAACCCAAGUGCCUUCUUUUUGUGGCACAGCACUUUGGGUACUUCCUGCUUGUGCUUGUGUAUCUGUUCCUUCUAUUUUCAUCCUCCCUGGUCUCAUAAUUUCAUUUGGCCCUCAGUCUUACAGAGGGUUGGUCUUGUGCUGCUGAGGUAAUGACAGAACUUGGAAAUGUGCUUGUCAAAUCCGUGAGAACAGGGACAAACUGGCCUCUUGGACUCCAGCUUCAAGGAACAUCUCUGAGUUGGCCCAAAAUGCAAUGCAGUCCUGGGGCUCUUAAUAGGAAGCCAGCUCAGCUGUGCCAGGAGGGCUGACUAUAGCUUUGUGGUUUUGACACAAAGAAAUACCUGAAAUAUUUUCCUUAUAUUC